UCCGUGUCAGUAGGAGACUGAGAGCCAACAAAACGCUGAGGCUCAGGAAAAUAGCGGGUCUGCAUGACACAAGUGGCUCAUUCAUAGUCAGAUAUCAAUCAUCGACGGAGCGAAUUGAAGGCGGAGUUCAUUGAGGGUGGUGCUUAAUCGUUCCCACGGCUCUUUGACUUCGCUGGCACGCAGCUAUGGCCUCCACUAUACACUGCAAUUCGCUUCGUUUGAGCAGACCAUCUCACACCACAAGACCCUUGACCACCUUUUCCUCAUCGAAACCUUUGGUCGCAAGUCUUAGCAAUUCGGUUUGUGCAAAUUCGAAGGCUUUAAAGACAUCGACUUCCAGGCGGAAUAGGGUUCUUUCUGCUGUUGUAUCUGAAGAAAAUGCAGUUGGAUCGAGUUUCUCUGAUACUGAUGUCUUCAAAUUGACAUACUUAGAGGGAAAUAGUUGGUUGUGGAAUGUAGGCGGUGCAAAUAUUUUGGUUGAUCCAAUUUUGGUGGGCAAUUUGGAUUUUGGAAUUCCCUGGCUAUAUGAUGCUGCUAAGAAGCUUCUCAAAAAAUUCCAGCUUAGUGAUCUUCCUGAAAUUAAUUAUUUACUCAUCACACAAAGCCUUGAUGAUCACUGCCAUUUGAAGACCUUAAGACCCCUCUCAGAAAAAUCUCCUAACCUUAAAAUCAUAGCAACUCCCAAUGCCAAGGAAUUGCUGGAUCCUCUUUUCAAAAAUGUAACAUAUUUAGAACCUGGACAGACCUCUGAUAUUGAAGCAAGUAAUGGUUCUAGGAUCAGAGUUAAGGCUACUGCAGGGCCAGUUCUUGGACCUCCUUGGCAACGCCCUGAGAAUGGGUAUAUUGUUGAAUCCCCACAAGGUCAAUUGACUCUUUACUAUGAACCCCAUUGUGUAUACAAUCAGGGUUUCAUUGAGAAGGAACAAGUAGAUAUUGUGAUCACACCAGUUAUAAAGCAACUUUUGCCUAAAUUCACUUUGGUUUCUGGACAGGAAGAUGCUGUGAAACUAGCAAAGUUGCUUCAAGCCAAGUUCAUCGUGCCAAUGAAAAAUGGAGACCUAGAUAGCAAAGGGCUUCUUGCAAGCCUAGUUCGGGCAGAAGGAACUGUGGAAUCAUUCAAGGAGCUCUUAUCAAAAGAGUUGCCAGCAGCAAAGGUUUUAGAGCCCACCCCUGGAGUGCCGCUAGAAAUUUCAGCAAAUUCAAGCCUACAGUAAUGUUUUCCUCUUGCCCAAACCUGUAACUUCAGGAUGAUUAUAGCUAGCUGAUGGUCAAACAUGAUGUAACAAAGACAUUAUAUAUUAUGUAAUUAAAAUAAAAUGUUCGGUAUUAAAACUUCUUGGGUUUCUGUUCUAUCUAUAACUGAAAAGCCAUUGGUUCUCCAUAAAA